UGGCCAAAGGGGCCGGCCAGGAGCGAUGCGCGCGGGGAGGCGGAGCGGCUGGUGCCCGUGGGCGCCCCUGGUGCUUCUGGCGAUUCUCAUUUUUGACAACUUCUGCCAUGGACUAGGAGAUAACGACAGCCUAAGACAGACCAGCAGCAAGAGAAGCAGACAGAAUCUGUUGGACAGUCUUCGUCCUUUGCGGCGCACAAAAAGAAGAUGGAUUAUUGCCACCCUGGAAAUUGAGGAGGAAGACAAAGGCCCAUUUCCCAAAUUAAUCGGAGAGCUCUUCAAUAACAAAUCACAUGAUAUGACCAUCAGAUACUUAAUCAGCGGUCCGGGUGUCGAUGAGUAUCCAGAGGUUGGAUUGUUUUCUCUUGGGGAUGAUUCCAGGGGACUCGUUUAUGUGCAUCGUUCCAUUGAUCGAGAGACCAACCCUUCUUUCUUGGUACGUUUUGACGUUGCAAGUACAUCUACUGGGGAGAUAGUGGACAGAUCUCUACUCUUCUUGGUUAACAUUAAAGACAUAAAUGAUAACGCCCCAAAGUUCACCAAGAAGGAAUAUAACGUCACUGUGAAAGAAAAUCACCAGAGAGAUGAGCCAGUUUUCCAUGUCACAGCCUCAGACAACGAUGAAGGCGGUACUGCCAAUUCUCGAGUGGCGUAUUCCCUUGUUUCGCAGACCCCGCGCCUGAAAGAGCCUGUCUUCACAGUUGAACCAUUUACAGGUCUGAUUCGCAUUUCAGGAUGUCCACGUUAUGAGGGUCCCAGGGCUUUCAAACUUCUGAUCAAGGCGACAGAUCAUGGAAUUCCACCACUGUCAUCAACAGCAACAAUUAAUAUCGCUAUAGAAGAUUCGAACACCCACCUGCCUGAAUUUACGAAAGAAAAUUAUCGGCUGAACAUCACAGAAAACCAAAUGGGAGGAGAUAUCCUACGCCUCAGCGUGGAAGAUAAAGACACUCGCAACACCCCUGCCUGGAGAGCAAAAUAUAAGAUAGUGAAAGGAAAUGAAACAGGGAACUUUAUCAUUAAGACAGAUCCAGACUCCAAUGAAGGGGUUUUAAGCAUCAUAAAGCCUUUGGUUUAUGAUGGCACUUCUGGGAAGAGCCUCAUCAUCUCUGUGGAGAAUGAAGAACCCUUCUUUUCAUGUGACAGAGGACAAAUGCGGAGCCUUCGUGAACCCCCCAAGUCCACAGCUGUGGAUAUUACAGUCCUAGACACAAACGAUGCCCCUCAGUUCCAUCCUCCUGUCCUUGUUCUUCAGCGAGAGGAAGGGGUGAAGAGUGGGACCCAUCUUGGGCAGUACACCGCUCAGGAUCCAGACAGAGUCCCAAAUGCAAUAAGAUAUAAAGUAGCAUUUGACCCAGCAGGCUGGGUGGCUGUUGAAGAACAAUCUGGGAUUUUAACAACGGUGGAAAUAUUGGACCGAGAAUCGCCCUAUGUGAACAACAGUGUAUAUACCAUCCUCCUCUAUGCCAUAGAUGAUGGUGUUCCACCACAGACCGGCACAGGCACCAUCCAGCUUUUCCUGUUUGACGUUAAUGACAACGCUCCGAAGCUCGUUGCACCGUUUCUGGAGGUCUGUGAGGGAACGGACAAGAACUCGUUCCAGAUACAAGCCCAAGACAAAGAUGACUUCCCUUAUGCAGGGCCUUUUACAUUCCACCUGGUUGAAGGCUCAGAAAACACGAAGGGUGUUUGGAAAUUGGGACGGAAUGUUGGUGAUUCAGCUGAGCUGCAGAUGUUAAGAAGCCUCCCUGUUGGCAACUAUUCAGUGCCUCUCCAUAUUUUGGACAAGCAAGCAUUCUCCAGGGUUCAAAGUCUCUAUGUCAGGGUAUGCCCCUGUCUGGAUGGAAGCACUUGUGAUCCGGAGAUCGCAUAUGCCUCAGCAAGAGUUGGUGGUGGAGCAAUUGCUGCCAUCUUGGCUGCCAUUCUCUUUCUCGUGGCGGGCUUAAGCCUCCUCCUCUGGUGCUCUUGCUGUUCGAAUACAGUAUCCAAGAAUGACUUUCCUUUCAUUCCAUCUGAAAUGGGAAACCAGUCUCUAAGCCACUACAAUGAGGAAAGCCAACCUGUACUGUCUCAGGACAUGCCUGAUGCUAGGGAUCAUAUUUUACCAUCCACUGUGUAUGCAGACUCUCGCAAGGACAAGUCCCAACUUCUUAAGGUAACCACAGAACUCCUAAGCAGAACAAGAUCGACGCGGGAUGUCUAA